AUAAAUAUAAUUAGGGUUUUUUUUGUUAUCAUUUAAAUUGCUCCUUUUAACAUUUUUUUUUUUCCUUUGACGAGGAGAUAAACUUGAAUUUACCCUUAAUACUACUUUAUAAAUUAUUGUUGAGUUUUCCUAAAGUAACACUCUUGUAAACUGAUACAGUACUCUCUGUAAAAUGGGUAUAAUUCCGCCAUGGUCAGACCUUCAUGAAGAACUCCUAACCUCCAUAGCCAAAUGCUUGAACCCCAUUGACAUCCUCAGCUUCCGCAGCGUUUGUAAAUCAUGGUAUUCUUCCUCUUCUUAUUCUCUCUCCUCCCCUCUUUCCACUCUGUUUCCUCCUCUGCCUCUCACCAUCCCAUCUCCGCCCAAUUCUCUUCUAAAUCGCUUCUCCUCUGUUUUAAACCCCAAUGCAACUGACGACGCCGUCGUUUUAUCUGCCACUGUUAUCUACGCUUAUCGCCCUUUAAUCGAUGAAGAUUUUCCAUCAUGGAUGCCUAGGGUUUCGCUUCUUUUUCUGGAUCAAUCUGUUUCUGGAAAGGUCAGUUUUCGUAAACCCUUUUGUAGGGUUCCGUAUUCUAUGCCUAUUAAUUUCCCUCGAACCCUAAAUUUGCUUGAUUAUCGCGUUUCUGAAUUGGGUCGAUUUUACAAUCUUAGUUAUCUUCCUAAAGGGAGUGUUAAACCAUCUGUUUUUGGGAUUGUUCAUAAAGUGGUUUUGUUUUCGAAUGACAAUGGUUUGGCUGUUGUUGUACUUUCUGAUUUUGGGAAAUUGGGGUUGCUUAGGUUGGGUUUAAGUUUUGAGAAUGUGGGUUCUGAAACAGAAUGGGAAAUUAUACAUGAUGGUAAAGGAAUUCAAUUUGAUGAUAUUGUUGAAUUUAAGGGUCGGGUUUUGGGCAUUGAUCGUAGAGGAAGUAUGUAUGAGAUUAAGAUAGGUUGUGCUAACCGUUUGAAAAUGGAUGCGAAUCAUGCCAUCGUAUCUCCCAUCACUGAUGGAGGUGGAAACCGGAAACGUUUAGUGGAGUCGUUGGGGCGCUUGUAUUUAGUUGAUCGCAGUAAUAUUAGUGCGGAGAAUGACAAGGUUUAUGAGCUCAAUAACAAGAAAUGGGUUGAGGUUAAUAGUCUUGGUGAUCAAACUUUUUUCAUUAGUCCUGAAUUUUCCUUUUCCUUGGAAGCUGAGAAGCUCCAUGGUUCUUAUGGAAAGAAUUGUAUUCUUUUUAAUGAACAAAGUUUUUUGAACUACGAUGGAUACGAUGACGAUUAUGUUAAAUUUAUGACAUCAGUAUCUAAUUAUCUUCAUAUUAGAAUUUGGCAUUUGGAAGAUGCUUCUCAUCUUGGUUUACUUGAAUCACCCCUUGGCUAUUCUAAUUUAUUUUGGCCGCCCCAAUCUUGGCUCUGGCCGAAAGACAGGUCUGAGCGUCUUGGAACCCUCUCAAUUGCACAAUCAAGGAUUCCAGAUGAGUAUAUAAAGGCUAAGUUCCAUCAACUCUCUCCGCUGCAACAAAAAUGUGCACUUCAACUUAAGGAAUGCUCUCUUAAGAUGAAGGAACUCCUGAAUCGAUUCAGAGAGGUAGUUGACAAAAUAAAGGCUGUUGAAAAGCUAGCUGUGCCAUUGGAGAAACACAGCAAUUCCGAAAAUCAGCAUAAUCAAAUAGGAUCAUCCAGACAGCUUACAGCUAUGGAAAGGCAUGCAUCUGUUGAUCCAAUACUGAAAGCUGUGAAACAGAAUGACUGUGCUUUUGAUUGGUAUUCUGUGGUGACAGAACUUGAUACUCAGCUCCUUCUGUUUGAAGAAAAAAUCAGUGAAUUGGAGAAUGCCCUCGAAAAGGAAAAUUUAUUUGCAAUAGUUGAAUAGCUCAUUUGUCACCAUUUAUGGAUUGAUUGGAUUCACCAAGAUUGUCAAGUGUCAUAUUUAUCAUUUCAGUAAGCUUAUUAGUUAUGACUCUAUUCACCUCGAGACUUCAAGCUCAAUAUCAAAGCAUGUGCAUAUAUAUAUAUAUAUGUGUGUGUAUAUAUAGUAAUAUUAUAAUAUUUGAGAGUGAGAGAUAGUUCAAGUGGUUAGAGCUUUCCUCUUGUUUCCAAGAGAUAUUGGGAUCGAUUCUUAUCACCAGCCCUUGUGAAAAAAAUGAUAAAAUAAUUUGAAUCUCUUUUAAAGUAAGAGAUAAACGAUAAAAUAUACUCCC